AUGGCAGCUGAAAAACAGAUAGAUGCCGCGCAGAAAUUCCUACGUGGAAUUCAGUCCCUGGCCUCCUACGAGGAGGUCAGGGACAAGCAGGCUCAAGGGGUGCAAAGAUCGUUGGAGAAGGUAGUCUCCUUCACUGCUGCCCAAGCGGCAUCAUGGCUGAGGCUUCUUCAGGCAGAUCUUUGGACGGUUGGUCAGUUGGAUAGCUUCCGUGAGCUUGUUGCGGCCAAAACACGUCCUGUUGAGGUCGAGAGCAACCGUGGUGGUGUUACCCAAGAUUUUACUAUGUUGCCGUAUUAUCUAAGUGAUGAUUUGGCGCAGGAUGUUGGGAAUGCCGCCACGGAUUCGGAUCGUCUGCUAUGCAGAUUGUGUCAACAUGCGGCAAAAAUGACAUUGCGCAAUGCAUCAGAAGCUACGAAGGCAACGAUUGUGGUGCUUGCCAAAUGGAAUUUGUGCAAGCGUGGCUUGUCGCCGCGGCAACAGCAUGAUUUGUUUUGUCGCUUCAAGCCGGUUGUGACAAAGUAUCUGACGGCGGCAGAGGAUUCGAAGUAUCUCUUGGAUUUGCCUGUGGCUUGGGAAGAGUUGGACCAGGACAUUGUGACACGCGUCUUUCCUACGGGGAAACCGACGCAGAUCACGGAUCUUGCCGCAGAGAUUUGUAACUAUGUGCGACACAUGCCUCUACGCAAGGAUAACCGUUUAUUGCAAUCAAGCAGCCACGCGCUGCCCUCCAGUGGCCAAGUGCCGCCAGGCUUUUUGGCUGUGGAAGAUAUCUGCAAAGUUGUGGAAGCAUGCAAAUCAGCACAACCAAGCGUUGCGACGAUGCAGUCGAGCCAAUCCGCUCCGUCCGGGUCAUGCGCGCAGAUACGGCCUCCUCAGUUGGCCAUCUGUGACCGUCCACCGGUGGAGACUGCUGAGUCUGUGGAGCUUAAACCCGCUGCUACGCUGUCGGUCGCAGAACAAUUGGCCGCGUUGCGAGCGGACAUGGAUCCUCCGAUGGAAGCGGCUGCGCGUGGUGGGACAAUGAAAAAACCUGCUGCAAGUCAGAAAGGGCCUGGCACGCUGCGUCCACGAGGGCGGCCACCAGGUACAGGCAAGCCAAGGGCUGUAAGGAAGGCAGGGCUCAAGAGGCCAGCAGUUGCUACGAGCACAGAUAAGUCGAUGGGACGGGAGCAGGACUCUAUGACGCUACCUACGGGAGCGGUGGGAUCUAAGAGAUCCAGUGUCGCUACGGCGGCUGCAUUGCCCAAGGGCAAGACAAAAACAUCAAAGAAGCUGGAGGUUGCGAAGAGAAGCUCCAAAGGCAAGGGCACAGUGACGCCCAAGGGCGCCAAGGUGGCUGCAUCAGAUCGUGCAGCAAGGCGUCAAGCUAUCUUGGCUUCUGUGCCAAAGAAGAUCCAGGACUUCAUGGCAGAGAAGAGUGGCAAGGGCGAGGAUUCCGAGUACUCCUAUGUCACCGAUGAGGAGGAGGAAGAACCGGAAGCUGCCGGCAGUGGAGCACCACGUGUGCGUAGAGCUGCUAAGGCAGCGCCAAAACCUGCUGCUGCCAAGGCAGGGCCGGAACGUACCGCGCCUGUGGACGCAGGCCCAGCAGAUCUUCCGGAGGCUGUGGUCACCGUAUCCCAUGGUCCUCCGUGUGCCACGUCGAAACGUCGAAUCCCAAGUCCGUCGACGAGUUCGGAUGACCCAGGGCCGAAGUUACCACCAAGAUCCCGGAGCCCUGUGCGCCCGGUGCCGGCUCUGGACGCACGUCCUGUGCGGGAUCGGAGGCGGGAUGAUGAGCCAGGGCACGCACGGGACCGGUCUACGCGACCGGUUUCGCCACCUGCUGAUCUAGAAGCUGAGCGAGAGGGGCCUACGCGGCAUGGAAUGGAUGGAGGUCAUGGGAUGGCUGCUACGCGCAGCAAAGGCAAGGCCAAGGGGAAACGCACGCAGGACUGUCCGCACUGCUGGACUCCUGUGGCAUGGGCCCACGCGGUCAAGAGCAGGCGCGAGCAGAAAGGCUGGGGGGAGCACGCCGAGCGUGCCCGGGGGGACACAGGCGUCGACGUGUUGCCCGCUAGUUCGGCGAAGCAUCGGGCAUAUGUGGAAGAGCGUGUACGUCACGAACCAGAGCCGCCGCCGGAAGCAGAGGUGGAUCGCAGCCGCCGGCGACGUCCUCCCCCCAGCACAGAUGAGUCGGACGGAGACGGGCAUAAGGCCAAGCGCCAUGGCAAGGACAAGGGAGCCGACAUGGUGUGGAUCAAGGAAGUGAUUUCCGCAAUGACGGCUACGGUCGCAGCGGUGCCAUAUGAUACCUUUGCCACUAAGUGGGGGAAGGUAGCAGUGUGUCUACGGGACGCACGUUUCCUGGCUACGGUUAGGGAUCGCCGCGUACUGUCGCGGAUGGAAGCACUCAUAGACUUGGGGGUAUGGCACGCUACGGCGUUGGACGUACCGCCGCAUCCAAAGAUUCCAGGCUACUGCCUGGUGAGGGCACACGAUCGAGUAGACGCAGAGCCUUGCCGGUGGACCUUCCUCAUGGAAUCUGACGACUGGUUCCAAAAGGAAUGCAUUGCCUGCCGCAAGGCCUUAAGCACACUGGCAUGGCACUUCUUGAUGAAACAUAAUAGGGCGCGAGAGUUCGAAUGGAGCCGCAGGGCGUCAGAACUGGUGCAGAAGAUGUUGCGGCAAUGGCGCUACGAGCGCAAAGGACGGCUGAGCUUCGAAGCGUCUGAAGCAGGUUCCGCACUUGUCCGCGGACUGACCGCGGAUGAGCGCGAGCAUCUGGGCACGAAUGCUGACCUGCAGGACUUUGACGCGGAAGAGUCCACGGACUUUUUUAAAAGCCUGGCAGGAUCGAAGGUCAAUGGGGCACAUCUGCAAUGGCAGACCAUCAGGGCGUCUUUGGUGAAGAAACUGACAGAGAAACAGAUUAAAAGCCAUGCGGCCAAGAUUGACAUCGAAGAGCUGCCCAUGUCCGUUCUGCUGCAAAGGGGCUGGCAGGAAGAGACCGUGCGUCGGUUUCCGAGCUAUGAGUCGCCGGAGUAUGGCUGCGAGGUGUUCAAGGUGCCUAUCAAGAAGCAAACGUGGAAGCAAGUCUUUGAAUCAGUGGAAGAGAGGAUAUAUUUAGAACGCGAAAAACAGGCAUCGAAGAAGCGUGGUGCCCAAGCGGCCGAUUUGGAUGUUCCGGUGGCGGCAGGCCCAAGUGGCCAAAGCUCUGAGAAACAAGAAGAACGGAAGGAAGCAGCAGCCGAAAAGAAGAAACAAACGUCCAACCAGAAGAUUGCGACGUUGGCGGCAAAGAGCUUGGGAUGCAUGGCAUCGACGGAGACGGCUCUCUCCAAGAUCAUCAACAAAGGCGAGAUGGUGCCCGAAGCUGACGGUCCUGCCAUGGUUGUCUGCAAGGAUAGCUUGGCCAAGGUCAAGCGUUGGGCGGAAGCAGCGCGGGCAGCAGUGAAUCAGCAGGAAAGCAACAAGGCUAAGAGUGAAGGCGAUUCCCACGUGGAACUGACUCCCUUGCCAUUUGACGCAAGUGACCUCAAGGUCCUUUUGAAACAAGGGCAAGAAGGCAUCAAGGCGCUGCGUGAGAGCUUCCCGAAGCCAAAGGCCAAGGCAAAGGCUGAGGGGACCUCCACGGGAGAGCCCGCGCCCAAGAGGCGAGAUGUGGAAGCGGCCAUGCAACCGAGAAAACGCAAGCUAAGAGCUGGCGAUGAUCCUCUGUUGCAAUUUCAAGCCUUACGACAGCUGCCGCGACUCAGUCAAGCAGAUUGUCGUGAAGUGAUCAGUUUGCUACGCGAUGAUGACUUGGGACGGCGCACUGGCACGAGGGAACACCACGCGUACCCCCACGCAUCCAAGCUGAUGCGACAGCUUUGGUCCGGCCAAAGUCAAAAUGUGCCAGUGUACGUCAAUUCUCUUCCCGAUCUUUUGCAGGCUAAGGUGGAUGCUUGCCCUUUGUUCGCACGAUUGCUGUCCGAUGCAUGGGAAGAAUAUGAUGGACGCCUAACCUUCGUAGUGUUUUCAGAUGAUGCAACACCAGGCAACAUCUUGGUGCCUCGUUGGUCUGGAUCUGCAAGGUCCUGGUGUUGGGCGAUCAUGAAGGGCUACGUGCCUUUGCCGGCUGUAAGGGCGCAGUUGCCUCCGGGGCAUGUGCAUCUCGGGAACGCUGACACAACGUUGCUACGUUUGCAGACGGAUGACGGUCUGCAAGCUGUUGUGGCAUACCUGCGUGGAUGCAGAAACAAAACAGAGUUGCAGGAAGGAGAAAAACUGCUGGGAUGGUGUCUGUCGAGCAUGGAAAAGGGAAUCUUGGGAUCCACGUCCUUGCAAGACUGGAUAUCCAUCGAAUCUCUGUAUGUGGAUUCGAUGCAUCAAUUCUAUGCAAACGGCUUAGUGGGACAAGACAUUGGCCUCUGGUAUGCGCUGUUUAAGCAAAAUGGGUUCGAUCUUUGCUUUCUUCAACGGUGGGUGGGCAUCGGCUGGAAAACCCUGAUGGGUGGACCGAGCCCAAAGGAAUGCUGCAAUGACAAACUGUUUCGUGAAGGGCAAGACUUCCGUGGAGAUGCAGAUACUACGUUGCAAGCACUGCCUCUCAUUGCCAGCUUCUAUAAGGAAAUGCUGGCAGACAAUGUGGCCAUGCAGCCGGCGAACGAAGCACUGUUUGCAUUGCAGGAAGUGUCCCAGCUGCUGCAAAGAACCAAAGUACACCCGGAUGCAGCACGGCACCUACCCGGAAAAUUGAAAAGAUAUAAAGAGAAGUGGGAUGUCGCCUACGCAGCGGUGGCUUGGGCAAGACCCAAAUUCCACUACUCGUUGCAUCUCCAAAGCCAAAUUCAAAAAUGGCAUCGACACAUCGAUUGCUUUGUGGGGGAGCGCAAACAUCGUGUGUUUAAGUCCAUAGUGGCACCGCGUCUGUCGCAAUUAAGUUGCUUCACUCGAAGCACCCUUUUGCAAUUAACAGAAAUAGAGCUGACUACGAGUCACUUGGAAAGUGAAUACACUGGUCGACUUCUGGGAAAGGCCACGCAAGACGUGAAUAAGGCAAGAGAACUAGGCCUUCCAGAUCACGUUGUCUUUGGAAAAGGCAUUCAGAUCUACUGUGUGGAGUACUCACGCGGUACCUUUGUGCAGAUGUCUGCUACGUGCAGCAUUGAAAUUAUCCAUGGCCUUGCAGAAGGAGAUUCUCUUUCUGUGCUGGUGCACACAUUGCAAGCCAUGCCCGAGGCAUCCAUUCUCAAAUGGAAGCGCCUCAGCAGAGGAACGGAAAUCAUUGCAGCAUCCGCGCUGCGGCAGCAUGAGCCGAUGCGAUUGCUGCGUGAAGACCAAGACGGUCUUUGCCUUCUACGCUGA